AUGACGGGCCGAAACACAAGAGCGGCCAAUGAGAAUGGCUCCGUGCGUUCCGGACAGGGUGGAGCGGACGACCAGACCGACUAUUCAAGGUGGCGUCUACUCAACGAUUGUGGAAGACAAACCUGGCACUACUUGACAGCGGCGCGGGAGCUGGAGCAGUGGCCCCAGUCCAUCGCUGAUAAGUACCACCUUGGCCUCCCAACUGGCCUUCCCGAGUUACCUCGUGCUACAUCUCCGGUUGAAGCCGCCGAGAACGGGCUCUCGUUCCUGUCACACCUGCAAUUACCCCCAGGGAACUGGGCCUGCGAGUAUGGCGGUCCUAUGUUUUUGCUCCCCGGUCUGGUUGUCACCUGGUACGUGACCGGGACAUCCGUUCCUCCACAGUUCGCGACAGAGAUCAAACGGUACCUGUUCGCACGCCAGCACCCCAAAGAUGGCGGCUGGGGUCUCCAUAUUGAAGCCCACAGCUCCGUGUUCGGCACUGCAAUGAACUAUACAGCACUGCGCCUCCUGGGUGCCAGUGCAGAAGACCCUCGAAUGAUCAAAGCCCGUGGUUUGCUUCACAAAUUCGGUGGCGCAGUGUAUGGACCUCAUUGGGCGAAGUUCUGGCUUAGUGUGUUGGGCGUGAUGGAGUGGGAAUGUGUCAAUCCUUUGCCCCCAGAACUGUGGCUCCUGCCCGACUGGGUUCCGUUCGCUCCGUGGCGGUGGUGGGUUCACAUGCGGCAAGUUUUUCUUCCCAUGGCAUAUAUUUACUCUAGACGGUUUUCUCACCCUCUGGAUGGUCUCACAAGCCAAUUACGACAAGAGCUGUACACAGAACCAUAUGAAGCCAUUAGCUUCGCCUCGUACAGAGGCACAAUUGCAAAAGAGGAUAAUCACUCUCCCAAGUCCUGGAUUUUGAACGUUAUCUUCUGGUUUGUUGUCAAUAUCUGGAAUGUGUACCUCCGAUGGCCGGCUCUUGUGAAAAAAGCAGAGGAUCGGGUGUGGUAUCUAAUCCAGCGUGAAGACGAAAAUACAGAUUAUGCCGAUUUGGGACCAGUCAAUGCGUCCAUGAAUACUAUUUGCUGUUACAUUCAUGAUGGUCCUGGAAGCUUCCCAGUCCAUCGCCAUCUGGAUCGCUUACAUGACUUCCUGUGGAUGAAAAGUGAGGGCAUGCUGAUGAAUGGUACUAAUGGUGUCCAGGUUUGGGAUACUGCAUUCAUAAUACAAGCGGCGGUUGUGACUGGAUUUGCAAAUGACACAAGGUGGCGGCCAAUGCUGAUGAAGGCCCUUGAGUUUCUAGAAGCCCAUCAAAUGCUGGAAAAUAUUCCAGAGGAAGAAAAGUGUUAUCGCUUCCGGGCAAAGGGAGCUUGGCCAUUUAGCACCAAGGUUCAAGGGUACACCGUCAGUGAUUGCACUGCUGAAGCUCUCAGGGCCGUACUUCAGCUGCAGAACCAACUUGGAUUUACUCCUUUGAUACUUCAACGCCGCUUAAAGGACGCGGUGGACACACUUCUAGAGAUGCAACAUGAUACUGGUGGCUUCGCGGACUACGAGCCUACAAGAGCGUCUCGACAUAUUGAGUUCCUGAAUGCUGCCGAGGUCUUCAACGGAGUUAUAGUUGGUAGCGAUUUUACAGAAUGCACAGCGGCAGCGAUCACUGCUCUGUCAUACUUUAGUAGGUUUUACCCAGAUUACCGAGUCGACGAUAUAAAGAGAGCUCAAGAUAAAGCUGUUGCCUAUAUCCGGCGAGCACAAGAGCCAGACGGGAGCUGGUAUGGUAGCUGGGGGAUUUGCUUCACAUAUGCGGCCAUGUUUGCUUUGGAAGCUCUUGCAAUGGUUGGCGAAACCUACGAAACUAGCCAGAGAGCUCGUCGCGGGUGCCAGUUCCUCCUUGAUAAGCAAAUGGCGGACGGUGGCUGGGGCGAAUCAUACCACAGCUCCGUGUCGAAAACUUACACUCAUUCAAAAACAUCACAGGUGGUGCAGACUGCAUGGGCUUCCCUUGCAUUAAUGGAAGCCGGCUACCCGAACCGAGAACCACUCCGGAGAGCAAUGAACGUGAUCAUGCUGAAACAGCAGCCUAAUGGAGAAUGGCUCCAAGAAGGCAUUGAAGGUGUUUUCAAUCAGUCAUGCAUGAUCUCUUACCCUAACUAUAAGCUCUAUUGGCCAGUUCGGGCCCUUGGACUUUACGCAAAGAAAUUUGGAAAUGAAGAUAUUCUAUGAUUGAUGCCCACGCCCACCCUAAUUCCCACCAAGUCUUUGGCUAUUUCAGAUGCAUAGCUAGCGUGAACGGCAUGAGUUUGGACCUCCAAUUUUUCUUUUUCUUUUUUAUUUCUUUUUCCCCACCUUCCUUUGUUUCUUUUUGGAGUUUAUCCAGGGCGUUUCUUCUUUUCCUUUGAAGAC